AUGUCCCAAGACUCUCAACCACCACUGCAUCCAUUGUCUCUCUCCAUUCCCCGCGGUGCUGAGCAAAUGAUGUCUCUUUUUCAAUCCGAAAAGGCCCGGGCUAUCGCGGAAGCACAUAAUCAAUUCUUAGACCUGCAGCGUCGGUAUACCGAGCUAGAACAGCUCUCGCUGCAGCACCACCGAGUCACAGAGAAAAGUCUCGCCGAUGCCCUCCAUAGAGAGACCAAUCUCCACGCUCUACUCACUCAAAUGUCUGGUGAACUAGAGGCUGUAAAGGGUAUCAUCGCCGCAGUGCCGGGCAUGCACUAUGAGAUGAACGAGCAGACUGGACAGAGGGUAUUGACUUGUUACGAGGUUUGGCGACCUCAUCUACAAAAUUCGGUCAAUGGAGUGACGCUCAACUGGAUUCCGACUGAAGAUGGUGGAUACGGACAACCACCAUCGACAUCGGGAGGGACUCGUCAUGCCAAUUUUGUAGAUAUCGUCCAUGUGUUAGUACCUUCGAGUUCUUUCGGUCGGGUCUUUCCCCGUUCUAAUGCUUUCUUCGCGCUGCCAUGCUAUUCUACCGAUUUCGCCCUCCUUGAACUCCCCACUAUUGCAAACGACCUUGAUCAUUUCAAUCGCUAUCCCCUGGUUCUUCUACCUGUCCCCGCCGACAUCUUCCUUCGCCGUGGACACUCGCAAGCUUCAAGCUCAAGUUCAACCUAUCACUCGCUCCUUGCUGCGUAUCGAUCGAUCUUUCGAUCAUUCCUGUUUCCGUGGGACGAGAAGAUUGAUGGCGGUGCCGAAAGUUUUUUGAUCAUGGUAGAAGAUGUCGAUGGAGAGGUCAUUCUCUUUCAUGAUACCUUUGUUCUCCGCCAACGCUACGCUGAAGAUGAACACAACGUCACGUUAACGGUUCCCAUAUUUGAGCCCGUGCCUCCCAACUAUUACAUCUCCAUCAUCCCUGACCAGUGGCUUCACUCCGAAACCAGACUUCCUAUAUCAUUCAAGCCUCAUUCUUCCCAAAAAUCUUCCCCCCCUUAUGCGCCUUUCAGAUCUUCAGCCUCUUCCGCUAUCAGCCCUCCACAACAAGGAGUUUGA